AUGUUCCGCAACCGCCUUGACGUCCAUGUGCGUGCCCUGAUCAAGAAGCCUGUAGCAGCGCCAAUGAACGACAACGGCGAACCGUCUGAGACGUACCCGAACAUGUGGGCUGUUCUGGUUGACAUGGGGUACGUUGGGCUGGCGCAAUCUGUGCGAGCCGUCCACCCGAAAAAGGAAUCGGUGCAUGGUACACUGGAUCGCCAAGACCUGGAUCGCAACACGAAGGUGUCGUCUGACCGUGCCAUCGUCGAGAACUUCUUUGGCCGUGUAUGUCUCCUGUGGAAGAUCUCCUAUGGUACGUACGCGUGGGACUCCAAGUUCUACGAUGGGAUCCAGCGCCUUACCUUCGCGCUUCCGUGUUGGACUGAUGUCCCUUCGCGCUGA